AUGACAGAUUUCUACGUCGACGUGCAAGACACUGCUCGUCUGCGCGCGGCAGCUCUCCUUCACCCUCGGAUGGAAAACGAGCGGAUUUUUUUCUACGCUGCACCGUAUACUUGGAGGGACAUCCAGACGACGCUUGCGAAGCCGUAUCCCGACAGGAUAUUCGCUCCGCAGAUGGAGGCGUCCAGGUUGGACCGCAGUGAUAUCGAGCUGCCCGCGAAAGCAGAAUACUGGCUUCAGGAAAUGGGCCGCAUGGGAUGGACGAGCCUGGAGGACAGUGUACUGGCGAAUAUUCGUGAUUUGGCGUAG